AACAAACCCAGUCCAAGACCCCUACCUCUCUCCCCAGUUACUAGGUUGAUGUGAUAGACUCCGCCCUAUGGUUUGUCAGUGGGCCGCUACAUUCGGCAACUAGCGACCAGCCACAACAUUUCCAUCUUUGCGCGCCUACAUACACACACUUCUCCUCACUUCAGUUGUGUUGUCGCAAACAUCCUCCGUCUUCAUCUUCUUCCUGUUUGUUGGACUGGAAGCACGCCUGCGAGUUGUGACCGAAAGACGAAGAAAGCGAAACGGUUCUCGGUACCCGACAGCUCGACACGGCUCACGCACACACGACAUUGCCAUGAAAGCGGCCAUCUAGAACGUGUCCGACACACAUAGAACAAGAACGUCGUCUUCGCCACUUCGAUCGCUAUCAUGUCCGACAACAGACGCCGUAAUGGCCCUCUAGGUACCUGGGUGCCGCUGGUUGUGACGGCUGCCGUUGCUACCGUCAGUGUUGCGGCAUGGAUCUGGAGCCAGCGCAAGGACCGGACCGGCGAACACGACACCAACUCGACCGUCCAGGAACUUGACUACGAGAACGCCGACUACGGUGACAACCCGCCCUACGGAGCCACUGGCGAAGGCCGUCUGAAGCCACCAGCCCAAGCACAACAGGCCGAAGGAGGAUGGGGCCCCCGGCGCACCCCGAGUCCGGCCGACUUCUUCAACAGCGCGAAGCGACAGGUUGCCGCCGGCGUGACUGCAGCGGGCGCAGCUGUGGGUACCGCCCUUUCCGCCAUCCGUGAGGAAGACAGCCUGAGGAGCGAAUUUGCUGACGACGAGACGUGGUCCGACCCGGAUGCCAAAAAACAGGUUGAGAAUGCUACUCCUUCCAGAAAUGAUACGCCCGCUGUUCAGCCUACCGCUAGUAGUGCCCCGGUCCCCGCUCCCGCUGCUACUACAACUACCACCACUACUACUGCCACCUCCAACAAGAACCAACGCCGGAAAAAGGUUGCCAUCAUAGUCUCGGCCGAUAACCAUGUGGAACCCGGUGACGAAGAGUAUCAUGAACAUGCUUCCAUCCUCUCCCACAUCCCCCGCAACAUCGACCUCUCCCUUACCAAGCUCUACAUCCUGAUCUACGCCCCUCAACUCAAGGACAAGUCCGAAGGCUCCUCCAAGCCUGCGUCGCUAAGCUCUUCCUUCUCCAACAUCGAGGCCGAGACCCCUGCCGAGACACCUGCCGAGGGCAAGGACAAGGACCCUCUUGCCGACUCUGCGUACACGUCCCUCUACAACCAAGCCGCCGCUCUCGUUUCCAAGCCCUCGCAUAUCCUGACCUUCUCCACCCCCGCCGGCCACUCCCACAUCUUGCGCCACAUCCAGCCCGAAAUCAUCUACCUCCAGGAAUCUUUGGCCGGCCCCGACGGCAGCGUCAUCACUUCGCUCCAGACAUGGUUAAGGCACGACAUUGUAUUGGUGGUUGGCGCCGAGCAAGGAGACGGCGGUCUGGCGGACUCUGAUUCUGAGGACGACGACACAGAGAAGAAUGGAGAGAAGGAGAAGAAGGACAAAGAGGUCAAGUGGUGGCAGAAGGAAGAGCGAGUGGGGCGAGGGAGGGGAGUGGUUGUGGUGGAUGUGAGGGCGGGCAAGUUGGGGGAUGAUUGGGUUAGGAGGGUUCAGGGUCAGGAGUGAGCUGGGCUGCUGAGAAGGGUGAGUGAUGAUGAUAUCCAUGUUUUGUUGUUGCUGUUGAUGUAUACCACUCUGCUCUAUACGAAAGAAGCGGGCCAGUGUUUCUUUUGGCUAAGAUACCUACCUAUCUAUGGAAUAUGAUGAUACGGAUGACGGAUUUCGGUGGAUGAAGUGAACAACCAGCAUGCGUAGAAAGAAGCAGGACUGUUUGGAGUCCACAGAUCAGUAAGCGCUCCCGAAGCGUUUAGGUCAGGGCUUCUGCAGCUGCUGGCCGGCUGUUGGGAGGGAAGGGCUGGAAGUAGCUAAGUACCUACGGACGGGAAGGUCCUUUGGGAUGGUGGUCAAGACAAAUCGAUAUAUUACCUAGCUGUCUGUGUGCCGGAAGCCCCCAGGCACUUUUAGUAUAGCCCCUUUCAUGAUGUAGGUAAUUUUCCUUGGUCCUCCGUCGCUUCGAAAGCCUUCGCAAUUCG